CUCUAAUUUGUCUCUCUCUCUCUCUCUCUCAUUUCGACAAUUCCAAAUGGCGAAGAAGAAGCAAUCUCAGGCUUUGGUUACUCGAUCUACGGCGAAGAAACCGUCAGAAGUUGCAUCAACUUCGAAGAAACCGUUGUUAAUUCCAUCUCCGGUGAAGAAGCCGUCGGGAGUCACAUCUCCGGUGAAGAAGCCGUCGGGAGUCACAUCUCCGGCGAAGAAGUCGUUGGAAGUCGCAUCUCCGGCGAAGAAGCCGUUGGAAGAAACAUCAACAACGACGAAGAAGAAGCAACCCGAACCUGUUAAAAAUCCACUGCCGGAAUCUUCUAGCGAAGAAGAAGAUUCUUCAUCUGAUGAGGAAGAAGAACCAUCCAAAGAUUCCGGUAAGGAAAAUCCAGAAACUGCUGUUGUCACCAAUCAAAGUUCAGUUUCAGAGUCGGAAUCGGAGACUGAGAGUGAGUCUGAGACUGAAACUGAGCCAACUGCCAAAACGCCGACUCCUGCUGCUGCUCCAGCUUCUCUGAAUAAGAAGAGACAAAGUGAAGGAGAACCAAGAAGGAGAGUGAAUGUGUCUAAACGAGCCAAGACGGAGAGUGAGACAGAGACGGCGAAGAAGCAACUGUUUCAGAGACUCUGGAGUGAAGAAGACGAGAUCGUGUUUCUUCAAGGAAUGAUUGACUUCAGCAGAGACACGGGUAAGAGUGUUUCAGAUGACAUGAAUGGGUUUUUCGAAAAGCUUAAGGAUUCAAUUAGUUUUGACGUGAAGGGUGUGAAUCAGUUCCUUAACAAAAUCCGGUCUUUGAAGAAUAAGUAUGUGGUGAAAAAGAAAAGUGGUGACUUUACCAAAGAUCAUGAUAAGAAAUGCUUCGAAUUGGCUAAGAUGAUUUGGGGAAGUGAUGUUAAUGCUACUCUUGUGAAGUCAAAGAAGAAGAUCAAGGUUGAUGACUCUUUGAAGGUUGAUGUUGUGAAUGUAGAAUGUGAUUGGUUCGUGAUGUCGUUUCUUGUUGGUGCGUUUAAGAAUUUGGGUGCAUGGAUUGAUGAAGAGACUUUGAAAGAGAAAUGGAGGUUGGUACCGGUGAAGACGAGGAAGAGGAUAGAAGAAAAGAUUAAGUCCGUACAAGCUAAUGAGUUCAAAUUGGUGUUGCAAAAGCUUGACGUUAUGCAUGAGGUGAGCUCUCUUUUGGCUAAAUCUGAUUAGUCUUUAUCUAUUUAGAGAUGCAUUUGGCUUUUGUUUUGGUUUUGUGUUUGGAACCCUUAUGACUUUCUGGUUUAUGUUCUUUUGGAUUUUGUUGUAACGGCUAAUUAGUAUCAAAUGCAUUUUUUUUGGGUCUUAAGUAACAACAAACAAUCUGAUGGCUA